AUGGAUGAUGAUGCCCCUGUAUACACUCUGGAUGAGGCACUUGCCUCAGUGGGGUUUGGGAAAUUCCAAGCUCUGGUGCUUGCUUAUGCUGGUCUUGGUUGGUUUGCAGAAGCAAUGGAGCUUAUGCUUCUCUCUUUUGUUGGACCAAUUGUUAAGUCCCAGUGGGGGCUUUCCUCAGGCCAAGAGAGUCUGUUAUCAACUGUCGUGUUUGCUGGCAUGCUUGUUGGAGCUUAUUCUUGGGGCAUU